AUGCUACGGCAAUUUGUACGAAGAACGUCCAUUAUCUCCCACUCUCACUUCACAUUCACUGCCCGGCCCCUGUCAAUUUCAACAUGCCCACGAUCUCCCUCAGUAUCUGUUCGAUAUCUACCUGGUUCAGGCCUCAUCCGGGCUCAUAGAUUUUCGCCUCUAGUGGUACCUCCUACCAUCCUUGCAGUUACAGGAACUUCUGCUUUCCACUCCACUCCGAGGAAUAGUUCUCCUCCACUGAUUGCCAUUCUAGCUGCUGUAUUCAAGUCUUCGACCGGUCUUCAAAUAGCCCAAACUGCUGCACGAAUAGCAUUAACCUUCGUACCAGUCAUUCUCUUGAAAAAUCACAAGUCUCGUAUGCAUCUCCGUUUUGCCGACAUCCACGGCAUUCCUGGUGCAGAGGAUAAGAAAUUGAAGCUACUUCAACGAAUACGGAAACGAACGAUAUUCUUUCAGGUUCUCCUGGCAAUUCCAGCUGUUCUGUUUUGGUUGGUUAUAAUUGCUAGUAUGGAACGGACGCCAUUAACUGGGAGGUGGAGACUCAUUAUCUUAUCACCAGAAGAAGAGGAUGAUCUAGCCGCAAACUUAGCCGGACAAGGCUGGUACAACGCAGUAGGAGAUAUUUUGGCACAAGAUGGCCCUCCACGCUUUAUUCCUUACAAUGAUUGGAGGUACCGAUGGGUACAAGAUACCCUUCGAAGACUAGAAGCAACUGUUCCCAUCCUGAUGAAAGAAAUAGACCGAUGCCCAGAGUGGCUGGAGAGCGACCGACCGAUGCCUCCACCGGCUGAAUACCCUCUUACUCCUCGUCCCAGAGCAUCGGAGUACCUACGAUCCUUUUGCGAGAAAAUGUGCGAUCGUGAGGUUCCCCCAGUAGCCCAUUCCAUACCUGGCCCACCUUACAAUCUGCUUCUGGUCGAACGGCCAGAUGCUUUAAACGCCUUUUCCUAUGGAUUCGGACCAGAUGGCGGCGGUGGCAUCGUUGUCUACUCUGGAUUCAUAAAUGAUAUUCUUGCUAGAAUACCGAUGGAUACGUCCACCCCUUCCCCUCCCCAACCGCAAUCUUGGUGGUCGUCAUUCUUAGGCGGCCCGCCCCCUCCCCGCCAAUUUGUUCCUACCGAAAAGCACACAUCCGAACUCGCAAUCUUACUUGCACACGAAUUGGCACAUCUUCUUCUUUCUCAUCAUCUAGAAACGUUAUCUUCUGCCACUGUUAUUAUACCUGGAACACUAUCCAUCUUCGCAGACGUUAUCCGAGUCUUGAUAUUUCCGGUCACUAUGUUCUUCGGUCCAUUCGUAAAUGAUGCUGUUGCUCAGCUUGGUAGGAUGGGCUCUGGUGAGCUCACCAAAGUUGGGGAAUACUGCACCAGUCUCAAACAAGAGCAUGAGGCAGAUGUCGUGUCCGCUAGACUCUUGGCUCAUGCAGGCUUUGAUGCACGAGAAGCGAUCUCAUUUUGGGAACAACGUGCCUUAUCGGCCACAGAAUGUGCUCAUGCCGAGUCCAUAGAUCCUGCAUCUUCUGACGAACCAAUAUCGAAGAGUGAACGUCUUAUACGGCGAAUCGCCGGGACUGGGCAUCCUGUGAAUGAAGCUCGAGUAGAUAAGCUCAAGUCUGAGCUGGUACGAUGGGAAACAGAACGAAGGGCUGCGCUGGCGCGUUCUCGACUCUCACCCGAGGAGAGGCGUAGCAAUAUCAACCUUACCCUUGCAUAG